AACUCAAGGAAAGAGCCGCCCACCCCCAGGUCUCCGCCCAGCGCACUCCGACCACCGCCCAGUUCUGCGCUGCCGCUUCUGACGCCUUCCCACAGUCGAGCGCUCUGGCCACAGUGUUGCUUCCUUCUUCCUUUCUUCACCGACAGUCGCGCGCUCUCUGAACUAUGGAAGCGAAUUCGGCGAACCAAGUGAAAGAGGAUGAAGACGAAUAUGUACUGCUCGAUCUUGAUUCUGUUUCUGGGCAGCUUGAUAUCCCACCAAAUGCACCUUAUGUUCUAUCCGGUUUGGAUACGCCGAAUCCAGUACUGAUCAUAGGUGACAAACUGAAGCUGAUAGGGGAUUAUGAAGAAACGAUUGGCACAUGCCUUUUUUUCACUGAAAAAGACAAUGGUCCUGUGGUUCAUGAAGAAACAGGACCAGAGGCAAAUCUUUUCUCGGGAAAAUGCAUUAUAGAUCCAAAACAAUCUCCAAGGAAGCAAGUGAAACCAAUGACCAGCCUUAAAAAGAUACUGAAGUUCAGAUUGGCAACCGAUGAUGAUAUUCAAGAUUCAACAACUGAACAGACUUCUUCAGGAAAGUUGUGAACUUCCCUAAAGUAUAACUACUGGUCUUUUGUGCCGUCUUCAUAAACUUAAUGAAUUUCUUUUCUAUGUUUUAACCUCUGUAUAAAACGAAUCUAAGUGAAAAAAGAAAAUACACCAGGCAAUAUACAUAUUUGUCAUGUUUCUAGGUCCAUACGUUUAGGAGACAUUGAUGAAAUUAUAUAAGCCUUUGCAUGACUUUUCUUGCAUGUAAAGGUCCGAAAAUACUACUGUGGGCUGUGACUCAAUUACUAGCAGCAUGAUCACCUGAGCUAGUUAAAUA